ACAUCGCUAGUAUAUCCGCAGCCACCUGUCCUCGCACGCACGCGAUUGCAAGUGCCCGCGCUCUCUUAUCAACUCCCAAAUAGCUGUUCAGUUUUGUAGUGGAAGCGGUGCGCGAGUGUAGUUGGUUGGCGUCUUUUUAUCAGUGGUCAUCAUGCGGUGUUCGCCAACUGCGGGUUCUAUCUUCCACAACAUCACAAUCGCCAUGACGACCAGCUCAGUGUGCUCCCGACUCAGCACCUCAGACAACAGCUCAGCUGACAGUGACGAAGAUAUGAAGAAACCAUUGUGAGGAACAGCGAGCAGAACGCUACUGAACAUCUUCUGCGACUGUUGCACUUUUCGAAAUUAUUAGUGACUGAUAGUUACUACAAUUUGAAGACAUUUAGACGGUUUCACUAUUUCAAUUUAGUAAGAUACAAGUGCAUUGAAGAAGGAGCAGCUAUAUUAACACAUACAUAUAUUCUGCAACUUUCCCACCUUUUCCACUUGCUAGAAAUAACCUAUUAAUGGUACAAUCUGCAAGGUUUCUAUUAACACUCAUACUUUAUUCCCCAUAAAUAUUAAUAGUGAUAGUAAAAGUUGAUUACCCACCAACAACAAGCUGACACUUUCCAGUAGAAUCGCAAAUGUAUAGUCUUGUUCAUUUAUCUGUUUAUAUUUUUCACAAAUAGACUGCAUCAAUAUUGUGUAGAGACUUCAUAUCACUUCUAACAAGUGCUCUAUUACUCUGCAUUUAUUUCACAACUACAAUCAACAGUAAUUAGUGUUAAAACUUUCUUCCAAACUCUGCAAUAGUUUAAUUCAUCUCUAUAACAUGAGACGAGAAUAUCGUUAGUGUAGUCUAUAAUACUUGGCAGCAACUGAGAUAGUGAUAUCUUGCCGAGUAACAAGUAGUGACAAGAGUGUUGGUGCAAUCUUCAGUAAUAUCUUCCUAAAUUACUAGUGACAGUUUGUGUGUACCAUCUUUGCAUCCUCUGCACUCAUUUCGCGUGAUAUCCAUUCGCUUGUUUAGCAUUAGCAUUCAUCCCAUCCGUUGGACGGACUCGUUGUCAUUCAUCCGACGUCUGCUCGAUUACAGCUAGUUUGUGCACCCCACGCACCGGACGUGUGAUCAACAUGGCACUAGUGUCCAAUAGCAACUCAGUCGGUGCCAAGCUGUCAACAGCCGAAUCGCAUCUGACAGGUCUGCCUCCGGUCGCUAGCAAACCUGAGAGCAAAAACGGUGUUCCACAUCGGUUGACCGGAGGUGCGCUUCUGGCACACAAAGUUCUCGAGAGUGAAAAGCGUCUUCUGGCCCCUGGACAGAAAAUCAUCAUCGUACCAGCCGGCCGCAGCAACGAUGGAUCUCGUAAUCAUGUGAAAAUCCAGGUGGGAAACACGAGCAGCGACUCCAGUGACGGGAAAUCGACGCCACCGCGGCGAACCACCUCCAGCAAGCUUAGGAAAACGCAAAUGGCUCGCAGCUGUACGGGGCUGAGGCCUCCCAGCCUAAAGUCGCUCCAGAAUCACGACGGAUCGUGGGCUUCGAUAGCCAUGCCUGAUCUCGGUGCUAAUCCUCACAUAAAGCCUCUCUCGGAUGUGGUUUCAGUUAGAUCGCUGGCUUCCAUAGGAAUGGGAUCAACUGACGGCAAGAAAUUGACCAUCAGACGAGUGCCCACUUCACCUUCAGAACUUCUCAACAUUGCCAAUCCUACCACCUUACUGGAUGAUGACGAUCUCUCAUCCUGCAGCAGCUUCACCGGAUCUCUGUCUCUCUCCAAUGGUCACUACCGGCCGAAGAGGGACCAUUGGGCCAACAAACUGCAAUUCAUCCUGGCCUGUGUUGGCUACUCGGUGGGAAUCGGCAACCUAUGGAGGUUUCCCUACCUCAGCUACAAGAGUGGUGGAGGAGUGUUCUUACUGCCAUACUUUCUUAUAUUGUGUGUCUGUGGUAUUCCGAUGUUGUAUAUGGAGUUGGCGAUUGGUCAAUUUACAAGGAGAGGUCCUAUCGGAGCUCUGUCUCAAAUCUGUCCGUUGCUCAAAGGAGCUGGUCUGUCCAGCGCCGUAGUGUCAUUUUUCAUGUCGACUUACUACAAUGUGAUAAUAGCGUAUGCUCUUUACUAUUUCUUCACGGCUUUCCGCGCGUCCGAGCCGUGGACUGACUGCGACAACAAGUGGAACUCGGGCGACUGCUGGCAUCCAGCUAUGAGCAACAAGUCACGGCCCUACAUAUCUCAGGCCCCGGCUGAGGAGUUUUUCGACCGAAAAGUGCUGCAGCUAAGUGAGGGUUUGGAAAGUCCCGAAGACAUCCGCUGGGAGCUGGCCGCUUGUCUGUUCUUCGCCUGGAUUCUAGUCUACUUUGCAAUUUGGAGGUCGGUGCAGUCAUCGGGCCGCGUGCUCUAUGUGACGGCCACUCUUCCGUUCAUCCUUGUCGUGGCCUUUCUCGGCAGAUCCCUGUCUCUAGAAGGAGCUGAGAAAGGAUUGGAAUAUUUUUUCAAGCCUCGAUGGGAACUGCUGUUUAGCUCAAAGGUGUGGGUGAAUGCUGUGGCUCAAAACUUCAACUCGAUGGGAAUAGCAUUCGGAUCAGUGAUAUCUUUCGCCAGCUACAACCGCUAUGCCAACCAGAUCAUGGUUGACACUCUCACCGUGUCAUUCAUCAAUGGAAUAAUGAGCUUGAUUGUCGGAGUAUUUGCAUUUUCAACAAUAGGAAAUAUAGCAAUGGAGCAUAACACCUCUGUCGAGAACGUGAUAACAGAUGGUCCUGGGCUAAUAUUUGUCGUGUAUCCUCAAGCAAUAGCAAAAAUGCCCUUCGCUAAUUUCUGGGCUGUACUAUUCUUCUUCAUGCUACUAUGUUUGGGAUUGAAUAGUCAGUUUGCGAUAGUUGAAGUAGUGGUUACUUCACUACAAGACGGAUUCCCUCAUUGGAUCAAACGCCAUCUGGUGUGUCGAGAAAUACUUGUUCUGGUCGUUUGCUGCAUUUCAUUCGUUCUCGGACUACCAAAUAUCACUAAAGGAGGAAUAUACUUCUUCCAGCUAAUCGAUCACUACGCUGUCACCAAUUCCAUCAUCUACAUCGCACUGUUUGAAGUGAUCGCCGUCUCGUGGUUGUAUGGCGUGAAUAGACUGUCAGACAAUGUUCAUCAUAUGACAAAUAGAUAUCCGUCCAUCUACUUCACAUUCUGUCUCAAUAUUGCCGCACCGUUUCUGAUUGCUAGUGUCUGCAUAUUCAACUUGAUAGAUUAUGAGCCACCAACCUACAGCAGUAAUAAUGGCCUCUACCACUAUCCUGUGUGGGCAGAAGCUAUGGGAGUUUGCCUGACAGUCUGCAUUUUGAUGUGUAUUCCUGCUUUGGCCGUCGAAGUUAUUGCAAAAACAGAAGGAAACACAUUUUUUGAAAAACUGAUGAAAUCGAUAAAACCGCGCCUAGAAAACAUCGAACAGAAGAAUGGCGUCCACGAGAAAGUGGCCAAUGUCACAGUGGAAGGCGACGAACUCAAAGAACUGACAACCCUGAUCGAAUGUAAACUAUCACCUGAAAUCGCUCGAGCGCUUAAACAAAAUCAUCAAAACACGGAAAUAGUUAAAUAAAUUAUUCAAGUGAAUUAGGCUGUGUUAAUUAUUCAAUUAAGAUGCUAAGUUGCAUUCCAAGACUAGGUACUAUAAUCAAUUAUAAUUUUUAGCGAUAUUAUUGUGUAGUGAUGAGAGAAUGCGAAAAUUGUGUGUCAUCUAGUUUUUAAGUAGCAGAAGUAAAGUAGCUAGAAAAAAAAUAUUAAAAUAUAUUGUUGAUUGAAUGUGUGUUCUAUGUGUAGAAGAUGCAUAUUGUUGAUUCCAUAAUAGGCUAGCAAAGUUAGUGAAGUAAAGUUUAGCAAAAGGAAUAGGAAUUUUCAUUCAGGCGGAACCAGACUUUAUUGUGAUAUUCCAUUCAAUUUAAUUAAAAGCUGGUUAUUACGUGUGAGUUAAAAAUAAAUGAGGAAGAUUAAUUACUUUUUAAACUACACUAGUAAUGAUGAGAAUACAAUUAAGAAUUAAAAUAAAUUCAUUAAAAUGUCAUAUGCUAUAAUUUGAAAAUUGUUAAAAGAUUAACUCAAGAUCAAUUCUUAAAAAGAUCAAUUGAAGCUAAAAUAUUAUUUCUAAUGUUUUUCGAAUGAGGGUUAUUUAUGAAUCUGAACUCUUACAUACUUGUUUGCUGAAGUUACAAUGACAAAGAUUUUUCUAACUACCAAAAGAAGUAAUAUUUCCUUAUACGCCAUGAAAGAAUAACCUCAAUGAACGAGAAUGUGACGACAUACUAAAAUUAUUUCACCACAAAUCAAUUAAAUAUUUUAUCGAGGAUUUAAGGUAUGUUAUCCAAGAGAUCCUAGCUUAUCAGAAAUCAGUUAUUUAUGUCAAGGAAAUCUAAGGUUUUGUUUUUGACUUCUUAAAACUGGAAAUUUUUGGGUAGUCUCUCACAAAUAUCAUUUCCGCUAUGAUAUAAGCAGAUGAUAAUGAUUAAAUUUACUGUAGCAUAUAUGAUAAUUAAUCAUGUUAUAAUUUUCAUUGCUAAUAUCACAUAAUCGUGCAUAUAUCUACUCAAGAGUUGAUUAUUAGAAAAACAUUGCAUUCCUUGACUCAAAAUUUUGUAACGGACAGAAUGAAAAAUAUUUGUUUAUGCUAAGUCAAGUGGUAAUAAAUAGGCUUACAUAAUUUUUGCAUCGUGUGAGAAUCUGACUUCAGAACUCAACUGUGAGAUCAAACAUGUCACGUGUUACUCAACACAAUAAUAGCGACAAAUCAUUCCAAUUACAUGUCUAUACCCCAUGUUAUUAUAAUAGUGCUCAAUUAUUUGAAAAUAGGUCAAUAUUUCUUUACCAUCUUGUCAAUUUUGACUUGACAAAACUAGAUUUAGAUUCUUUCACGACUUUUAUUGUUAUAGAUAUAACAAUCUUAUCCUUUUCUCAAGAGUUAUUUUUUGAAUAAUUGUGACAUAGCUCUACAAUCACGGAGAUGUGUAUAAAUACUUCUAAGUGUUGAUAGAACAAUAACAAAAUAUUUAGAUUUGCAUCAAGAAAAUGUGUUUGAGGCUGUUCUAGUAACAUGUCCCUCGCAUUUUUCUGUUUUAUAACUCAGAAAAGAACCAAAAUAAGUUGAGAAUCUACUUGAAGUUUAUCGAGUUAAUGAAAUUACGAUGGGAUUUUCUCGUGAAUUAUUAUGAAUGUGAAACAUUUUUUCGUUUUGUAAUUCUAUGAUUUGUAAAACAGUGAUGUGCAUGUGACAUGACUACUGGAUACUGUGAUUUUUUUAUAAUACAAAACAUGGAAACGAACUUCAAUUUUAGUGCAAAAUUUAAUAUACUGUCAAAAUAAAUCAAUAAAUAUUGAAAUUUUCA